AUGCAGGCGCCGAAAUGCCACCAAAACGCGCACUGGGUCCUCUCGACCGGCGCAAGAAGGUCACACGAUGUGAAUCUUGUGCUACCAGAAAAAUCAGGGUACUUUCUCUAUAUGGUCCGUGUAACAUGUGUCAUUGCUAAUAUAGUAGAGCAGUGUGUAGGUGGAAUUCCCUGUGAAUCGUGUAUUCGUACGGGUAAGAUUUGCCGAAAACAGAUGAGUGAAGAGUUAAAGGCAGUCUACGUCUUUUACAAGGAAACUGAAUGUACAUUGCGCAAAUUGAUACCUGCAACACUGGCAGCAGACACGAGGACUAUCCAUCUGGAUUGCUUCUUCGCCUUUCUAUAUCGCAAUCACCUCGUCCACCAUACAGACGUGUUGGUCGAGGUCCUCCUACCCUUGGUGAGCGAAUCCGCGCUAUUGAGCUCCGUAGUCAGUGCAAUAGGUGCCCUGGAUGCUUCACGCCAUGGCUAUUGUGCAAAUUAUGUUGAAACCGAAUCUCCUCGGUUCUUGGCUUACAAGUCAUACUCCCGUUCGAUCGAGUUAUUAAAAACUGUAUUGCUGGAAUCGGAGGUCUCUUUGCGAGACGAUAUUCUUUGGGCUACUUUUUUCCUAGGCUUAUUCGAGCUUAUGGCCGAUCCAUCGGGAGAUGGGUGGGCAAAACAUAUGUUACAUGGAACAUCUCGACUGUUGCAGGGCGCAGGGGCAACAACCACAAUAUCCCGCCCACGAAAGGCUUUUCUGGGUAUCUUCAGGAUGUUUGAGGCAAAUCGAGCAAUACUCUAUGGAGAAGGCACAAUUCUAUCCAGCCUCGAGUGGGCCCCGACGUACCAAAUGGACGACCAGACACCCGUGAGUAAAUGGGAUAGUCUGGGCCGAAUCCCUUCAAUAAUGGCCGAAAUAUCUACCUUUAAUACUCGAUUCUACGGAUAUGUUUCAAGCGUUAUGAGUUUCGACAUCCCCGAUCCGACCUUGGAUCAAUUUGGCGUUGAAGCCGCAGAAAUUCAGAACGAUAUAUACAAGCUAUAUAGCGAACUUCAAAACACAGAUCCCGAAAGGUCCAAAAGUUUGCCUUUCCACCAAGCACUUUCAUACUACCACGCAAUCCUACUCGAUCUAUUCAACACAUUUGAUUAUUAUCAUUGUUGGCAUCUAGAUCAUUCUCCAUACCUAUCAAGGUGUGAGAUAAAUCACCACGUUAACCAAAUCCUUCAACGAGCUGAAAUUAUACUCGAUACUCCAGGUGGAUGUGGUCUAUUGUUGAUUCUCCCGCUUCGAGUCGCUGGAACACGCGCAGAAACUGACAUCCAAAAAGCCACGGUUCAGGCUCUGCUGGAUUCUAUUUUCAAGCGGGGAUUUAUUGUUGCGGCUAGGAUCAAAGAUGAUCUUCAUCUACUUUGGGAUUGGAAAGGGAGAUUAGACUCUCCGUUAGAAGGAGUGGAAUAG